AAAGAUCACCUGAGAUUCAUUUUAUGCGUUGACCGAUCGUCGUCCACAGAAAACGUAUAAAACGCCGCCGUUUACUUGAGUCGUCAUUCGUCACAGACAUCGUUUAACAUGAAAAAUACCAGUUUCUCGCCAAAGGCCUAAUCGUUCUCUGUCUCCUUCUCUCUCUUCCUCGAAAACCGGGAGAAAAUCUCUUCGCUUCUCUCCCCUCGAAGAAGACCUUUCUCGGUUUUCCCUUUCAAUGGCGGCCUCCGAUCGAUUCUCCGUCCUCGCGAUCCUUUUCCUCUUCUUCCUCGGCCAAAUCCCCAAUGCUUUGCCCCAAAGCAUCAUCCAAAUCUCGCCGAGGAACCACCGCGUCUCCGACCAAGACCUCCUCUACUGCGACAGCUGGAGAUUCUCCGUCGAGACCAACGACGCCGGAUUCUGGCCCACCAUCCCCAAGAGGUGCGAAAACUACGUCGAGAACUACGUCACCGGCGAUCGCUACCGCUCCGAUUCCGAGUUCGUCGCCGGCGACUCUCUCGCCUUCGUUAGGUCUCUGCAGAUGAACGACGACGGGAAGGACGCUUGGAUUUUCGACAUCGACGAGACUCUUCUCUCCAAUUUGCCCUAUUACGAGGCUCACGGAUUUGGAGCGGAAGUCUUUGACGAAACACCUUUCGAUGAUUGGGUGGAUUUGGCUGAGGCCCCUGCUCUGGCAGCGAGUUUAAGCUUAUACAACGAACUAGAACAGUUGGGGUUCAAGAUUUUUCUUUUAACUGGGCGGAGUGAGUAUCAAAGGAAUGCGACAGAGAAAAACCUUCUUUAUUCAGGCUACAAAAACUGGGAGAGGCUGAUAUUAAGGGGACCUUCAGAUCAACACAAACCGGCCAUUGUCUACAAAUCUGAGAAGAGAUCGGAAUUAGUAAAUGAAGGUUAUACCAUUCAUGGGAGCUCAGGAGAUCAAUGGAGCGACUUGAUGGGUUUUGCAGUAGCCCAGCGAUCCUUCAAACUUCCUAAUCCGAUGUAUUAUAUUGCUUGAGCAGAUCACAACCAACAUUCUGCAUUGGUGUAAUAUGAUUGCUUGACGUUAUUCUUUUCAAAAAAUUUAACGGCCAAGUCACCUUAUUAGCAGUAACUAUUCUUUAAGGGGUAUCAAGGUCUUAUUAUAAGGGGGGGAAAAAAGGUUUCCUGAUG